UUCCCGGGCUCAUCCCAUCCCAGCCAACCCGGGUAUACACAACCCGCCAUCUUUACUCCAGUCCCAAAACAUAACAGGGCGUUGAACCAGUGUAUAUUGGCAGUGUGAGAGGAACCCAACCCUAUCGGACCAAUGUUGGGUGGUGAAACAUGUCCCGAGAUAUACAGAAUAUCGAACGAGGCUGUUGUUUAAGCUGUGGAGAGUGUCCCGUGUAUGUUUGUGUAAGUGGACGAGUUCUUUGUGACUAUUGUGGUUGUCCCCCGGCCCGACAUAAACUACAGAAGGAUCUACGGUUAGCUGGGAACCAUCUACUGAGUUCAGAGAGCAGAGGGAAGAAAAGAAAAGGUGAUCUCGGUUUGAGACGCUACGUGUCUCCACCCCCUCGUAAACUCCGGAGAAGAAGAGAGAACUCGAACCAGGAGAUCCGUAGAUCCCGGAGACAAACCAUGGGUGGAACCGUAUCCCGUAGUAUCCGACACUCGAGUAGGGAGGGGAACACAACCACCCGGGCCCAGGUGUCCAAGGGAGCAUCUAUUGAUAUGAAGAUGCCUCCCCGCCUAGAACUUCUCCUAGACAUGCCCUCAGCGUCUCGAGAUACACAGAUCAAGCACGCCUGGAACUCAGAGGAUAGAUCUCUAAAUAUAUUCGUGAAGGAAGACGAUAAGUUAACCUUUCAUAGACACCCUGUUGCUCAGAGUACGGACUGUAUCCGGUCUAAGGUUGGAUAUGAGCGAGGUUUACAUGUUAUAGAACUGUGUUGGCCGACCAGACAACGAGGGACGCAUGCAGUAGUGGGGAUAGCUACAGCAGAAGCACCUCUUCAUUCAGUUGGUUACCAGUCUUUGAUCGGGAACAAUGAACAUUCCUGGGGUUGGGACCUCACAAGAAACAAGAUUUACCAUGACAGUAAGAACCAGACCGGAGAAACUUAUCCUAAAGGUUUAACUCCGGAGGAAACCUUUAUAGUACCGGAUAAAUUUCUAAUUGUGCUGGAUAUGGAUGAAGGCACUCUAGGGUUUGUAGUUGACGGACAAUAUCUUGGAGUUGCACAUCGAGGUCUUCGUGGUCUUAAACUUUACCUCAUCGUCUCUGCAGUCUGGGGGCACUGUGAGAUCACAAUGAAAUAUAUUGGAGGAUUAGACCCUGAACCCUUACCUCUGAUGGAUCUAUGUAGACGGGUGAUACGACAACAGGUUUCCAAACCUAGGAUAGAACAGGGACACCUGGAUAAACUAAACCUACCCAAACCUAUCAAGGAAUACCUGCAGUAUAAGGAUAGACGGUGAUUUACCGGAGAAGGAUAUGUAAGCUGGAGUAAGAACGGUUCUAAGCCAAAGAACCAGGAUCUGAAAUCAUCUUCCGACAAAUCUUCCUGAGAACUUUCACUCUCAAGCCUUGCUACCCGAAGAAUAAUAUUUUAAAACCUUGGUUCUAGGAGAAUAUUUACUCUGAAACCUUGGUUCUAGGAGAAUAUUUAUUCUGAAACCUUGGUUCCAGGAGAACAUUUACUCUGAAACAUUGGCUAUAGGAGAAUAUUUACUCUGAAACCUUGGUUCUAUGAGACCAUUUUCUCUGAAACUUUGGUUCCUGGAGAAUAUUUACUGUGACGCCCUCGUUCCAGGAGAAUAUUUGCUCUGAAACCUUGGUUCUAGGAGAAUAUUUACUUUGAAACUCUGGUUCCAGGAGAACAUUUACUCUGAAACCUUGGUUCUAGGGGAAUAUUUACUCUGAAACCUUGUUUUCAGGAGAAUAUUUACUCUGAAACCUUGAUUCUAGGAGAAUAUUCACUCUGAUUCCUUGGUUCUAGGAGAAUAUUUACUUUGAAACCUUGUUUCCAGGAGAAUAUUUACUCCGACAGCCUGGUUUCAGGAGAAUAUUUAUUCUGAAACCUUGGUUCCAGGCGACAAUUUUAUCUGAAUAUUGGGUUCCUGGAGAAUAUUUACUCUGAAACCUUGGUUCUAGGAGAAUAUUUACUCUGAAACAUUGGCUCUAGGAGAAUAUUUACUCUGAAACCUUGGUUCUAUGAGACAAUUUUAUCUGAAUAUUGGGUUCCUGGAGAAUAUUUACUCUGGAACCUUGGUUCUAGGAGAAUAUUUACUCUGAAACAUUGGCUCCAGGAGAAUAUUUACUCUGAAACCUUGGUUCUAGGAGAAUAUUUACUCUGAAACCUUGUUUCCAGGAGAAUAUUUACUUUAAAACUCUGGUUCCAGGAGAACAUUUACUCUGAAACCUUGGUUCUAGGAGAAUAUUUACUCUGAAACCUUGGUUCUAUGAGACCAUUUUCUCUGAAACUUUGGUUCCUGGAGAAUAUUUACUCUGACGUCCUGGUUCCAGGAGAAUAUUUACUCUGAAACUUUGGUUCUAGGAGAAUAUUUACUUUGAAAUUCUGGUUCCAGGAGAACAUUUACUCUGAAACCUUGGUUCCUGGAGAAUUUUAACUCUGAACUUUGGUGGGACAACAUUUUCUCCGAAAACUUGGUUCCCAGUUGAACCAAAGCUAUUAAAUCUUGGGAUUUGAAUUUCGUUAACUCACGAAAAGAAACGUGAAUUUAUACAAGACGAGAUCAGUUCUAUCUGAUCAAUCUCCAGACCAUAGUUAAUCCUAUAUUUUUAAGAACAUAGAGAUCUGUACAGAGUACAGAGUGCAGUACGAUCAUCCUGUACAAUGUACAUAACAUGUUUUGUUUGACUGCAAUUUUGAAAUCAGAUAAAAGAAAGAUUAUAUUAACAUUUAUCAGAACACAAAGCUUUGAUACUCCAUUUUUAUUUUGCAUCCAUUUUAUUCUUCAUUAUUUAAUUUUACAUCAUUUUAGCUCUGGUUCUUGUACAGAUGUUGUACAAUUUACAUCUGUACAGACCUGUAUAUUGCAACAACCCUUCUAAUUGUGAUAUUAGAUUAGAAUUUCAUGAAAUGUUGUGGUUAACAAUUUUUUCUCCUAAUUGUACAAAUGUACAUGUUCUGUAGCGUGUACUGUAUAGUGUACAGUGUACAUAACAUAGACUAUAACUGACAUCUGACCGUUAUCUCUAAUUAUAUUCGUGUACAGUUUAAUAUGUCCUCACGCUUUAUGUGUUCUAUAUUGCAUUAGGGCAUUAUAAAUAAAAUUCAUACUUAGACGAAUUCUUGGAAGAAUUUUGAAAUAAAUUUAUAAACAUUGUU